AUAAUACUCACUAUUGACCUACGUGACUUUUUUGAACACCCCAACCCACACCUAUCGAUGGUGACUGCGUGUCGCUCAUAAUAACGGCCAAGAACCAUGGAGGUCGCCGCCGGGGUCCCGAACGGUGUUUCGGCACCAACCCAGGUGUCUUCUGUGGAUUCGAGCGCGGUGAUUCAGUAUCUGGUGGACGUUCUCCAGGUGACUUUGGGGGCUCUGAGAACUGAGCUGGAAAGUCCUGGGAGUCUGCUGUCUGAUAAAAAGCGCGGCGAGACCGAGCAGCGAUGUACGCGAUUCGCUUUGGAGUCACAGGUGGCUCUUUAUGUACAGAAGGAUUUCGUGGCUUCCGAGGAGACCAACGGGGCAGAUGAUGGUGAAGCAUCGUCACCUAAGUAUAUCUACAGUCUCUCCGCCCAGAUUUCGUCCGCUUCAACGACCGUGGCCUCUGUGGCCUUCAUUAAACGUCCCGCCCCGAUCGACCCCGCGCUCCCGAUAUCGUCGCAAAUCCAAGUGAUGAACCUUCCGGGUUUGGCAUCCCUCAGUAAUGCUCAGGCCCAGCAAGGGACGUCUCUGUCGCCGUAUGAGAUUCUGCACCUGCUGGUACACCACGGGCUGAGUCCCUACUUCGAGGCCUACACACGCAACCAGGAAGUGAUCGGUGGCGGGUUGAAGCCUAGGACAGACACAGAGGUUAAGACCGGUGUUCCGGGGACCAAGAAGAAAUUCGCGGAGCUUGAACUCGGGCUUCUCCACUUGCAACAGAAUGUUGAAAUCCCGGCUCUUAACCUGCCGCUCCAUGAAGUCGUCCAGGCUGCUUUGGCCGAGGCGGAAAGGCGAUCGGUCCGGCCUUCGGUGGAGCUCAUCGACCACACGAUUCUCGAAAACAGUGCUUUUAUCAACAGCAUCCAGAAUACUGUCAAUGCCUGGAUCAGGUCUAUCCAGACAAUCACCAAGAUGUCUCGGGACGCCGACAGCGGGUCAGCGGCCCAGGAAAUCAACUUUUGGCUUUCGAUGGAAACUGCGCUGGAAGGGAUCGAGAACCAACUGCGUGGUGACGGCGUGCAACUGACGAUGGAUAUUCUCAAGCAUGCGAAGCGUUAUCAAGCUACUUUGAGUUUCGUUGCUGACACGGGCUUGCGCGAGGCAACUGACUUGGUCCAGAAGUACAACCAGCUCAUGCGGGAUUUCCCCCUCGACGAACUUCUGUCGGCUACGUCUUUGCAGAAAGUUCAGGAGUCUCUGAAUCUGAUCUUUGUGCACCUCAACAAGAAGCUGAAGAUAUGCCCCUACCCCAUCAAGCGCGCCCUCGCACUUGUUGAAGCUAUCUCCGGCGACCUGGACUCCCAGAUCCAUUCCUUACUCCAUGGUCGGACAAUUUUGCACCUGGAUUACCGCGAAUUCCGCUCCUUGAUGAAGACCGCCGGGGCCAUCUGGCGGACCUGGGACGAGAACUUGAAGGAAUUUACCAACGUUGCCCGCGAGUCUACGAGACGACGUAACGAGAAGUUCAUUCCCAUCAAGAUCGCUGCCCGCCACGAGAAGACCCAGGAGAGACUGAAGUACAUCAACACAUUCCGAGUCAACCACGAACAGCUGCAAAGGACGAUCGUCAAUGUUCUUGGACCCAAGAGCUCGUCUACCGGAGAUGCAGGUGCUGGAACCACCUCCGAUGGCGCGGUGAUUGUCGAGGAGAUUGGUGAUGUGGACGCAGUCGAAGAGGUUGCCGAGGCUUAUGCUGCUCUGAAGAAUGUGGAUGUACUGGAUGUAACUCCCGAAGGCACCCAGCUUUGGAUUCAAGAAGAGAUUGCAUACAAUGAGCGCACAUCUCGGGUAGAGAACUCGAUUAUCGCUCGUCUGCGCGAUCGUCUCGCGACUGCGAAGAACGCAAACGAGAUGUUCCGAGUUUUCUCCAAGUUCAACGCGCUUCUCGUGCGCCCGAAGAUCCGCGGUGCCAUUGGAGAGUACCAAACUCAACUGAUUGAGAACGUGAAGCAGGAUAUCUUAUCUCUGCAUGAGCGUUUCAAGCAGCAGUAUGGUCACUCCGAGGCGCAUGCCAUGUCCCAGCUGCGAGACCUUCCUCCUGUGUCGGGUGCAAUCAUCUGGGCUCGCCAGAUCGAGCGGCAGCUGAACGGUUACAUGGGUAAAGUGGAGGACGUGCUGGGCGAGGACUGGCACUUGCACUCAGAAGGCCAGAAGCUACAGACCGAAAGCAACCUGUUCCGCAAAAAGCUGGACACUCGGCCCGUCUUCGAGUCAUGGCUAUACGACGUGCAAAGACGGCACAUUACCAUCUCGGGCCGCCUGUUUAAUAUCACGCGAAAUCGUGCUUCGGGGAAUACUCUGGACCUUACAGUCAAUUUCGACGCCCAGAUUAUCGCCUUGUUCAAGGAGGUUAGGAACCUGAUCUGGCUCAAUUUCCAGGUUCCCCAUGCCGUGAAUAGUAUCUCCAAAGAAGCGAAGCGCGUGUACCCCUAUGCCAUCAGCUUGAUGGAGAGUCUCCGUACGCUGCUGCAGACCAAUCGCAUCAUCGAAUCAUUGGAAGACGCCGAGAUUCUAAUGAAUGGUUACGUAAAUGAUGCGCAGGGUAUGAUUGUGAAGGGUGUCCCUUUGCGAUGGGAGUCGUUUGUCCACUCGUAUGAGCUUCAUGUCAAGCAACCCGGAUUGGCAAAUGGCGCCAUUGACUCUGCUAUCCCUAGUAGGGGCGAGAGCAAACACGUCCAGUUCGUCCGCGAAUUUGCAGGCUCAGCAUCCGUUCUUCAGUCCAAGACGGCUGUUCUGACCUCCAUCAAUGACAGCAUCCAGAAAGACAUCCUUGACCUGAAGACAUGUCCCUUUGAGUCAUCCGCGUUCAAGCAACGCUUGGACUCCAUUCAGGUCGCCGUUGACAAACUGAACCUGGAGAACUACGUCAACCUCGGCUACUGGGUUACUGACUUGAACCAGAGAAUCGAGACCAUUCUUAGUGAGCGCCUGCAUCGCGCAAUCCGCGAGUGGAUUAAUACAUUCCUGGAGAGCAAAGAUGGACCGCAGCCACUGCAAUUGCAGAGUGCAAGCCAUAACCCCGUGACUGGCGAAGUCGAAGCUCCUGCCUACAAGGUCGAGUUCUCUGAGCUUGUGCAUGAAAUUUCGAUGCGGAAUCAGGUCUUGCAUCUUGAUCCUCCCUUGCAGUUUGCUCGUGCAAGCUGGUUCUCGCAGUUCGACAACUGGCUUGGCGUUAUCUGUAACCUCGAGAGGAUCAAGUCGUCCCGUUAUUCGAUCUCGAUUAACGUGCAGCAACUUGACAUAUCCGAGUCCUGUUUUGCGACUCUCCCGCAGCAUUGCACCAACGAGCUAAACCAAGUAUACAAUGCGAUCGAGGACAGAUUGAAGGAGGUGUCUGGGUACGUUGACAAGUGGUUGCAGUUCCAGUCUCUCUGGGAUCUGCAGUCUGAACAGGUUUACGAUAUCCUGGGCGACGAUCUAUCUCAAUGGCUCCAACUUCUCCAAGAGAUCCGGAAGAGCCGAGCCACGUUCGAUACUACGGAAGUUAGCCGGUCGUUUGGCAAUAUCAAAAUCGACUACGAACAAGUCCAGACCCGGGUCAAUGCCAAAUACGACCAGUGGCAGCAUGAAAUUCUUCUCAAAUUCGGAUCGAAACUCGGAGGCCGAAUGAGGGAAGUCCACUCUGACAUCGCCUCCGCUCGACGGGACUUGGAGGGCCAAACGUUGGAAGCUGCUUCCACAGCACACGCUGUCUCCUUUAUCACCAUCGUUCAACAGUGCAAGCGGAAGGCCAAGGUUUGGGAGCCAGAAGUCGAUCUCUUCCGCCAAGGUCAAGCCACCCUUGCCCGGCAGCGUUACCAGUUCCCCAACGACUGGUUGCAUGUUGAAAAUGUCGAUGGCGAAUGGGCAGCCCUCAAUGAACUGCUUGCCCGUAAGAGCAAGAUCGUCCAAGACCAGACAGAGGGUCUGCGGGCCAAGAUUGCCGCCGAAGACAAAGUAAUCAACGACAAAAUCGCUGAACUCAUCAGUCGGUGGGACGAAGAGAAGCCUGUGUCCGGCUCCAUUCCUCCCGAAGAGGCUUCCCGUACCCUAGGCUCAUUCCAGACUCGUCUCGAAACCCUGCAAGGAGAGUUUGAGAUGGUUUCGAAAGCGAAAGAGGCCCUGGAUCUCCCAGCAAGUGGCCAGUCUUCCUUGCCAGCAAUCCUUGAAGAAGUGCAGGAUUUCAUGUCCGUUUGGGCGGCCCUGGCCACAAUCUGGGGGAGCCUCAAUGAUCUUAGAGAGUCUCUCUGGACCACCCUCCAGCCAAGAAAGUUGCGCCAGUCGAUCGAUGGCCUCAUCAAAAUGACCAAGGAGAUGCCUAGUCGGAUGCGUCAAUAUGCUGCAUUCGAGCAUAUCCAAAGUGUGCUCCGACAGCUAUUGAAGGUUAACCCCCUCCUAUCUGACAUGAAAUCCGAGGCCGUGCGAGAACGACAUUGGCAGAAAAUCUACAAACGGCUCAAACCUGGGAAGAGGUUCUCCCUCGUCUCUCAUACCCUUGGUGAUGUUUGGGACCUGCAACUUGCGACGAGCGAGACCGUGAUCCGUGACAUCAUCGCUCAGGCCCAGGGUGAAAUGGCAUUGGAAGAGUUCUUGAAGUCGGUCCGUGAGACCUGGCAAAACUACUCGCUCGACCUUGUCAACUAUCAGAACAAGUGCCGCUUAAUUCGUGGAUUCGACGACUUGUUUGCGAAAUGUAGCGAGAACCUGAACUCUCUGCAGGCAAUGAGGCACUCUCCUUACUACAAGGAAUUCGAGGAAGAGGCCUCGUCUUGGGAGGACAAAUUGAAUCGAGUCCAUGUCCUCUUCGAUGUCUGGAUCGACGUUCAGAGACAAUGGGUCUAUCUCGAGGGUGUUUUCACCGGCAACGUCGAUAUCAAACAUCUUCUGCCCCUUGAAUCCAGCCGUUUCCAAAACAUCAAUUCGGAAUUCUUUGCUGUGAUGAAAAAGGUCUACAAAUCUCCCUUCGUGCUUGAUAUUCUAGCCAUCAACGGAGUCCAGAAGUCUUUGGAGAGAUUGGCCGAGUUGCUUAACAAGAUCCAAAAGGCACUCGGAGAAUAUCUGGAGCGGGAGCGUAUGUCGUUCCCUCGCUUCUAUUUCGUUGGUGAUGAGGACCUUCUCGAAAUCAUCGGUAAUAGCAACGAUAUCUUCCGCGUGUCCAAACACUUCAAGAAGAUGUUCGCUGGUCUUUCAGGAGUUAUCAUGGAUGACGAUAACAACAUUGUCGGCUUCACCUCCAAGGAGGGCGAGGAGGUGCGACUGAAGAAGGAGAUUAAUCUUGUCAAGACACCGAGGAUCAAUGAUUGGCUUAGUGCGAUUGAGAACAACAUGAAGUUGACAUUAGCGGAGCUUUUGGCCGAGGCCAUUGAGCAGUUUGAGCCGUUGUAUAUGGCUUCUGAAGUCGACCACACAGCUUUCAAUGAUUUCCUUGCCAAUUAUCCGGCGCAGAUUGUUGUCCUCUCUAGUCAAGCUGUUUGGACAAAUGCUGUCCAGAAGUCUUUGGAAGAGGGCGGUGCUAACCUCAAGGACCUUUACGCUUCCCAAGUGCGAGUGCUUGAGUUGCUCGCUGCUACCGUCCUUGGCGAUCUGGAUGCAAUCAACAGAAAGAAGUGCGAGCACAUGAUCACAGAGUUCGUUCACCAGCGUGAUACCAUCUCCAAGCUCAUAGAAACCAAAGCCACUACCCCAACGCACUAUCUGUGGCUGCUCCAGAUGCGGUACGUUUACCAACCCGACGGCGAUUUCCUUCAAAGGCUAUACGUGCACAUGGCCAACGCGAAACUGCACUAUGGAUUCGAAUAUCUCGGUGUUCCUGAACGCCUCGUUCGCACCCCUCUUACCGAUCGUUGUUUCUUGACCCUCACUCAAGCCUUGUGCCAGCGACUGGGUGGUUCUCCUUAUGGCCCAGCUGGUACUGGUAAGACGGAGUCAGUGAAGGCUUUGGGCUUGCAGCUCGGACGCUUCACUCUCGUUUUCUGCUGUGACGACACAUUCGACUUCCAAGCCAUGGGCCGAAUCUUCCUGGGUAUCUGCCAAGUAGGCGCCUGGGGCUGCUUUGAUGAAUUCAAUCGUCUCGAGGAAAGAAUCUUGUCAGCAGUCUCUCAGCAGAUUCAGAACAUCCAGAUCGGGCUACGGAACAGCGAGCUCGACGGCAAUGCCCAAAUCGAGCUUGUUGGAAGGAAGUUCAAUGUCAACCUGAACACUGGCAUCUUCAUUACCAUGAACCCUGGCUACGCGGGACGUUCUAACCUCCCCGACAACUUGAAGAAGCUGUUCAGAAGUGUUGCUAUGUCCAAGCCCGACAAGGAACUCAUUGCCGAAGUGAUGUUAUUCUCCCAAGGUUUCAAGCAAGCCAAGCAUUUGUCGACCCAGACCGUACCUUUCUUCGACCACUGUGCCUCUCAGCUCUCAAAACAAGCUCACUACGACUUUGGUUUGCGUGCUCUAAAGAGCGUUCUUGUCAGCUCAGGAGGCCUCAAGCGUACCAGAAUCGCCAACGCCAAUGGUGACUUGGGCCCUGAUGAUGUAGUUGAACCUCAGAUCAUUGUGCAAAGUCUCCGAGAGACCAUUGCCCCUAAGCUGGUCCGCGAGGAUGUUGACAGAAUGCUUGAGAUCCAAGAGGAAGUGUUCUCUGGUGUCGAAUACGUCGCUGCCAACUACGAGGAGCUUACAAAGGCUAUUCGUGAUAUUGCUCGAGAGCAGCAUUACAUUGACAGUGACAUGUGGACCACCAAGGCUUUGCAACUGUACCAGAUCCAAUGCAUUCACCAUGGUGUGAUGAAUGUGGGCAAGUCAGGUUCUGGUAAAUCGUCGGCAUGGAAAAUCCUCUUGCAGGCCCUGCAACGAGUCGAGAACAUCGAAGGAGUUUCUCACAUCAUCGAUUCCAAGGUUAUGUCUAAAGAAGCUCUCUAUGGUAGUCUUGACAGCACUACCAGAGAGUGGACGGACGGUCUGUUCACGGGGAUUUUGAGAAAGAUCGUUGAUAACCUGCGUGGUGAAGACUCUAAGAGACAUUGGAUUGUUUUUGACGGCGAUGUCGAUCCGGAAUGGGUUGAGAACUUGAACAGUGUCCUUGAUGAUAACAAGCUUCUGACCCUUCCUAACGGAGAGCGCUUGAACCUGCCUCCAAAUGUUCGCAUCAUGUUCGAAGUUGAAAGCCUCAAGUACGCGACGCUGGCGACAGUGAGUCGUUGCGGUAUGGUUUGGUUCAACGAAGACACCGUCACUCCGCCAAUGAUGAUCUCAAACUAUGUCGAUUCCCUUAGGACGAGAACUUUCGAAGAUUUGGAUGAUGAUAGCGCACCUGCAGGCCAGGCGGCCGUGAAGACCCAGGAUGCUCAAGAUACCAUCUCCGAUAUCAUGAAGCGGCUUCUGCAAACCGAUGAGCUUAUCCUCAAGUCACUCCGCGAGGCCAAGAAGUACAACCAUAUCAUGGAGUUCACGGAAACCCGCGCCCUCAAUACCCUGUUCAGUCUCUUGAACAAGGCCUGCAGAGAUAUCCUCGAAUACAACAUCCAACACCUUGACUUCCCGCUGGAUUAUGAUCAGACCGAAGCUUACGUUUCAAAGAAGCUCUUGCUUGCAGUUGUUUGGUCCUUCACCGGCGACUGCCCGCUGGGAGACCGUAAAUUGUUCGGGGAGUUCGUUUCCGCUCUCACGACAACUGACCUUCCGCCCGACGGCCAGUCUUCUCUGAUCGAUUUCGACGUCAAGUUGCCCAAGUCGGACUGGACAAGCUGGCAGGCACAAGUACCCUCCGUGGAAAUCAACACUCACUCGGUCACGCAAACAGAUGUUGUCAUCCCGACUGUUGAUACUAUUCGUCACGAGGAUGUCCUUUACUCAUGGCUCGCGGAACAUAAGCCCUUGCUACUGUGCGGUCCUCCCGGUUCUGGUAAAACAAUGACUCUCUUCGCUGCUCUCCGGAAACUUCCCAACAUGGAAGUUGUUGGUCUCAACUUUUCCAGCGCCACGACCCCGGAUCUUUUGAUCAAGACUUUUGAGCAGUACUGCGAGUAUAAGAAGACUCUGAAUGGUGUCAUAAUGUCUCCGAGCCAGAUUGGUCGCUGGUUGGUUAUUUUCUGCGACGAAAUUAACCUUCCUGCCCCCGACCAGUACGGGACACAGCGAGCAAUCUCGUUCUUGCGCCAACUCGUGGAGCAGAACGGUUUCUGGAGAACGUCCGACAAGACUUGGGUUACUUUGGACCGCAUUCAAUUCGUUGGUGCUUGUAACCCUCCUACUGAUGCUGGCCGUACAGCAAUGGCCGAAAGAUUCUUGCGCCAUUCGCCUCUGAUCAUGGUCGACUAUCCAGGAGAGAUCUCGCUCACGCAGAUUUAUGGAACCUUCAACUCUGCAGUCCUCAAGAUCCUUCCCUUGCUGCGCGGAUACUCAGAGGCGCUUACAAAGGCUAUGGUGCAACUCUACUUGGAGUCUCAGGCGAGAUUCACUGCCAAGAUCCAACCUCACUACGUCUACUCUCCUCGUGAGCUUACUCGCUGGAUCCGUGGUAUCUACGAGGCCAUCAAACCCCUCGAAACUCUCUCUGUUGAGGGCCUGGUUCGAAUUUGGGCCCAUGAAGCUCUACGCCUUUUCCAGGAUCGUCUGGUCGCCGAAGAUGAGAGGAAAUGGACCGAGGAAGCCGUGCGGCGCAUCGCACUUGAUAACUUCCCCAGCAUUGAUGAAGAACAAGCCCUGAAGGGUCCGAUCCUGUUCUCGAACUGGCUGCAUAAGAACUACGUGCCAGUUGAACAAGAGGAGCUGCGUGAGUAUGUCAAGGCGCGUCUUCGGACAUUCUGCGAAGAGGAGGUUGAUGUGCCUCUCGUCCUGUUCAAUGACGUCUUGGAGCAUGCUCUGCGCAUUGACCGAGUCUUCCGCCAACCUCAAGGUCAUCUUAUUCUCAUCGGAGUCAGCGGAAGUGGCAAGACCACGCUGUCUCGUUUCGUGGCUUGGAUGAACGGUUUGCAGGUUUUCCAGAUCAAGGUUCAUGGAAACUACUCGUCGGAAGACUUUGACGAUGACCUGAGAACCGUCCUGCGCCGAGCAGGCUGCAAGGGUGAGAAGAUUUGCUUUAUCAUGGACGAAUCGAACGUCCUUGACUCGGGUUUCCUGGAGCGAAUGAAUACUUUGCUGGCGAACGCCGAAGUUCCCGGUCUUUUCGAAGGGGAUGAGUUCGCUUCGCUGAUGACUGCUUGCAAGGAGGGGGCGUCGCGGCAAAACCUCCUUCUCGAUACCCAGGAGGAGCUUUACAAAUGGUUCACGCAGCAAAUUGUCAAGAAUCUUCACGUUGUCUUCACCAUGAACCCCCCUGAGGAAGGACUGUCCUCAAAGGCCGCCACCAGUCCUGCGUUGUUCAACAGAUGCGUGCUCAACUGGAUGGGCGACUGGUCAGACCAGGCACUUUUCCAGGUUGGCUCCGAGCUGACGCAGUCCGUUGACCUCGACAAGGCGAACUUUAUUGCUCCCGACAGUAUUCCCGUUGCGUACCGAGAGUUGAGCCUCCCUGCGUCUCACCGCGACACGGUUGUGAACUCAAUGGUGUACAUACAUUACUCGCUGCAGAGGUUCAACCAGCGUUUGCAAAAGCAACAAGGCCGAACGACUUACCUCACACCUCGCCACUACUUGGACUUCGUUGCUCAGUAUGUCAGGCUUUUCAACGAAAAGCGAGAAGACCUCGAGGAACAGCAGAGACAUUUGAACGUCGGUCUUGAGAAACUUCACGACACGGUCGACAAAGUCAGCGACUUGCGCGCUAGUCUUGCCCAGAAGAAGACGCAGCUGGAAAAGAAGGACACCGAAGCAAACGAAAAGCUGCAGCGCAUGGUCGCUGACCAGCAAGAGGCCGAACAGCGCAAGGCGGUCUCUCUUGAGGUACAAGUGGCCUUGGAGAGGCAAGAGAAAGAGGUAGCUAGCCGAAAGGAAGUUGUCCUUCACGAUCUGGCCAGGGCCGAGCCAGCUGUGUUGGAAGCCCAGAAGAGCGUGAGCAACAUCAAGCGUCAGCACCUUACUGAAGUUCGUUCCAUGGGUAAUCCUCCCGCCAGCGUUCGGCUUGCUCUCGAAGCCGUCUGCACUUUGCUUGGACAUAAGGUGGAUAGCUGGAAGACGAUCCAAGGCUUGAUUCGAAGGGAUGAUUUCAUCGCCAGCAUUGUCAAUUAUGACAACGAGAGACAAAUGACGAGCAGUCACCGAGUCAAGAUGCAGAGGGAGUUCCUCUCCAAGGAGGACUUCACCUAUGAAAGAGUCCACCGAGCUAGCAAGGCCUGCGGUCCCCUGGUUCAAUGGGUGGAAGCCCAGGUUAACUACUCAGAGAUCUUGGACCGUGUUGGACCUUUGCGCGAGGAGGUCGGUCAACUCGAAGAGCGGGCUUUGCAGACCAAGGCUGAGGCCCAAGCAAUCGAGAAUACUAUCCAAGGUCUCGAGGCCAGUAUCGCUACGUACAAGGGCGAAUAUGCAGCACUCAUCAGCGAAACCCAGGCCAUCAAGAACGAGAUGGAGAAUGUGGAGUUCAAGGUCAACCGAAGUGUACGACUGCUUGACAGCUUGGCUUCCGAACGAACGCGAUGGGAGGAGGGGAGCAGAUCGUUUGAGACGCAAAUCGGCACGCUUGUCGGCGAUGUCAUUAUCGCGGCUGCAUUCCUGGCCUAUGCCGGCUAUUAUGAUCAGCAGUUCCGAAAGUCCAUGAUUGACGACUGGGCCCAUCAACUUAUGCAAUCCGGUAUUAGCUUCAAGCCACACAAUCCUAUCACGGAGUAUUUGUCCAACGCCGACGAGCGUCUGACAUGGCAGAGCCACUCACUGCCCGUGGACGACCUCUGCACGGAAAACGCCAUCGUUCUCAAGCGGUACAACAGGUACCCUCUCAUCAUCGACCCGUCUGGUCGCGUAAACGAGUUCUUGCAGAAAGAGAGCACAGAAAGGAAGCUCACGGUCACCAGCUUCCUGGACGACUCCUUUGUCAAACAGCUGGAAAGCGCUCUUCGUUUUGGAAACCCAAUUCUCAUCCAGGACGCCGAACAUCUGGAUCCCAUCCUCAACCAUGUUCUCAACAAAGAGUACCAGAAAACGGGAGGACGUGUUCUCAUUCAGCUUGGAAAGCAGGAGAUCGACUUUUCUCCCUCGUUCAAGUUGUUCCUGUCGACUAGGGAUCCGUCUGCAACCUUCGCACCAGACGUGUGCAGCCGAACCACGUUUGUCAACUUUACUGUCACGCAGAGCAGCUUGCAGACUCAAUCGCUCAAUGAAGUUCUCAAAUUCGAGCGACCUGAUGUCGACAGGCGCCGCACCGACCUUGUCAAGAUCCAGGGAGAAUUCAAGGUCCACCUGCGCCAGCUUGAGAAGCGACUGUUGCAGGCGCUCAACGAGUCCCGAGGUAACAUCCUCGACGACGACAACGUUAUCGAGACUCUCGAGACCCUCAAGAAGGAAGCUGCCGAAAUCUCGCGGAAGAUGGUGGAAACCGAAGGUGUCAUGACGGAGGUCGAAAAUGUCAUGCUCACCUACAAUGUCAUCGCCAAGUCCUGCAGUGCUGUGUUCGCAGUGUUGGAGCAACUCCACCAUGUCAACCAUUUCUACCAAUUCUCGCUGCAAUACUUUGUCGACAUUUUCCACUCCGUUCUCCACGGCAACCCACGCCUCCGCCCCGAUAUGCACCAUGCUGAACGGGUGGAUGUCAUUCUCAAGGAUCUGUUUGUCACCACUUAUCACCGCACUUCGCUAAGCCUUGUGCAAAAGGACCGGAUUACCUUGGCCAUGCUGCUCGCCCAAGCCACUCCGUACAGCAUUGACAAGACUAUCAUCGAUACCAUUCUAGAUGGGUCGGUUGAGGGGGCGGAUCUAUCGAGCACCCCCGAACAGCGGGACCAGGUCAUGAACAUGGUAUCGAACAUGUCGCUAUUCAAGUCGCACUUCCAGGAGGUGUCUUCAGAUCAGUGGGAUCAGUUCCUGGGCGAAGAACUCGCCGAGAACCUGGUCCCUGUUGUCUGGCCUGAGAACACGGACCGCGUCAACCAGCUCCUCCGGUCGUUGUUGCUUAUCAAGCUAUGCAGAAUGGACAGGUUCGUGCCAACUGCUGAGCGCUUCAUCGAAGCAGUGUUCGGCCGCGAGUUGUUCGAAGGCAGUACAGACCUCAAGGACAUCGUCAAGCAAGUCACCGCGACCACACCCAUCUCUCUCAGCUCAAGCCCCGGCUUCGACGCCAGUUACAAGGUCGACGCCCUGGUGGAGCGCGAGGAAGCAACAUGCGCCAACAUUGCCAUGGGUUCCAGCGAAGGACUCGAGAGCGCCGACAAGGCGAUCAGCAACGCCGCGGCGGCAGGAAACUGGGUGCUGGUCAAGAACGUGCAUCUGGCGCCUUCCUGGGUGCAGAGUCUCGAGAAACGCCUCGAGUCGAUCAAACCCCACAAGGCCUUCAGACUGUUCCUUUCCAUGGAGUCCAGCCCGAAGAUUCCCGUCAACUUCCUGCGCGCUUCGCGCGUACUCAUGUACGAGCAGCCUGCCGGUGUGCGCGCCAACAUGAAGGACUCGCUGUCUUCACUGACAACUCGCGCGAGCAAGACCCCCGUCGAGAAGGCGCGCGUCUACGUGCUGCUCUGCUUCCUGCACGCUGUGGUGCAAGAACGACUCCGUUACGCGCCCACUCUCGGCUGGAAGGGCUUCUGGGAGUUCAACGACAGCGACUACGAAUGCUCUGCCAACAUAAUCGACUACUGGGUCAACACCGUAGCGCAAGGCCGCUCCAACGUCGCGCCCCAAAAGCUCCCCUGGGACAUGAUCCGCACGCUGGUGCGCGAAAUGUACGGCGGCAAGGUCGACGACGCCGGCGACUUCCAGCAGCUCGAGGACCUCGUCAACAGCUUCCUUACCCCGGCGGCCUUCGAAGACGAGUACAAGCUUGUGUCGGGCGUCGAGAAAGACGAGUGUCUGGUUCUGCCGAGCGAGACCAACAUCCAGGCUUUCGGGGAGUGGGUAAAUCGUCUGCCGGAAAGAGAACCUCCUACUUAUCUUGGUUUGCCGGCCAAUGCGGAGAAGAUGUUGCUGGUGGGACAUGCGAAGAAGAUGAUUGAGGAUUUGGCGAAGCUUACGACGUUGUUGGAUGAGGGGGAGCAGUUGAUGGUUGAUGGUUGAUUUUAAUUGUGUAUACUGUGUUUACCCUGCUUAUGUAUUUUUUUCAUCUAUUUUUUUUUUGUUUUUUAUUCGUUCUUGUCUACUGCAUAUGAUUGUGCUACUG